UUUCAGUACCGAGCCGCCACGGGUCAGGACUCGACGUGGUUCUAUCAAACGAGAGGUUUGUCGUUCACUCGUGCCCGAGCGCGAUCACGGUGCUCCCUGUGAUUUAUGAAUUAAAAUCGCGGCGGGACAACGCGAUCUUGGUUCCUUGGUGCGCGUUGCCACGUUCCUCAUCCGUCUCGAUCGAUCCAACGGGAUCGAUGGCGACAACGGAUUAACCCGAAUCGCGAAGGAUACAUACGUACAUGUAUUUUUUUUUAAAUAUGCACAAUUCGAGAUAGUACGAAUACCACGUUCGACGAUGUGAUAGCAUGGUGUCCCGUUUGUGGAGGACGGAGUACGUGUCAAUACGGUGCGCGACAAUCGGCAGAGAGAUGAAAACGAGCACGUGUUUGCAUCUCCGAUGGAUCGAAAGAAAAAGAAAACGAAAUUAGAAAACUCGACUUGUUUCGCUUGAUCGGGCGAAAGUAAAACACGGAAAGGGGGGUGGGAGGGGUGGGCAGAGGAAAAAAGGGAAGAGAUGAAAAUUAAUAAGGGACGAACGAUUGAAGAACAGCAACAAGAUUCGCUCUCGAAACUCGUAAAAUCUUGCCGCAAUUCCAACCAGUUAAUUAAUAACCGGCCGCGGAUUUGAUUUCGUUGAUUGGUUAAUAUCGACAGGGGAUUUAAUUACGCAUAGAUCCCGGAUGCCUCCGCUGGAUGCGAAUGUCCUUCCGUGUACGUGCCCCUGGAGUAGCGGUGCGAGUAACGAGCCGUGAGAUAGGGGCAAACCGACGAGUUCAUUCGGACCUAGUGAUGCAGUAAACUAGACCCGUGUCCAGAACGUUACUUGCGGUUAAGUUCGACCCGUUUUCGAAGUUGACCAAUUUUAAAUCCCCGGCGUCCAUCCCUCUCAUCAGUGAUAAUGUUGCUUCGAGGAUAAGCCUUCUAUUUCGAAAAAUAACGCGAUAAACAUCUCCGAAGACAAGUGUCGAAAGUGAAUGGCUGCUUCGAGGAAUCGCACGGUUCGCCAAUUUGUCGAAAGAACCGAUUCAAUUUGAUACGUGUUGCUUUAUCGUUACACUGCCAAUUUUCUAUAUGAAUCUCAUUCUUUUCCUUUCUUUCUUUUUUUUUAGUACUUUGGUGCACAUCGAUAGUGUGUAUUCGUUAAAUUUUGAACAACGUUGGAAAGUGUUUGAAUCUCGUCGAAUUUUUAUAAAGUAAAACAGUUCAACAUUGGUGAUACCUGUAUAAUAUAAAAAGUUAUCGUUUACACAGUGAAUACUGCCUAAUUAUCCCGACUGCCGUUUCAAUCCGACCGCACAUUUUUAUUCUACGCGAUAUAUUUUCAACGAAAAAACCCGCCAAAAACCUAGUCAAAUCCUUGGCAACUAUGCCAAAAGUUGAAAAGUUUUCCGGAAUUGUCAACGUUCGAACACCUCUCGUUCAUUUAUCCUCCUACAAGUGGAUUAAUUGAGACUCCCCUUGGAAGUCUCGAUCUCCCUCGGAUCGUAAUUGGAACGAGUGCUCGACCGAGGGUUACGAGAUCAAUUGAUUCGUCGAGCUAUCGGAGUACAGGAAAGGAAAGUCUCUAGAAGAGAAGAGGAGAAAGCUUUUGGUUUCGACCCAGUGCGUCCAGGUGAAUCGUCGGAUCGUUGGAUCUUGAAAUCUCCUCCGAUCGGGUGGCAAAAUUGCGGAGGGCCGAGCCGAGCGAAGAGUCGAGGAGGACGAGAAAGGCGAGUCGAGAGGAUGUCGACGACGGCGGCGCAAUGCAGCAGCGGCGGCAACAUCGGCAACAAGAAGGAGAACACCGGCUGCACCGGCGGCAGCAACAGCAGCUGCAAUUAGUGCCGGUUCACGACGGUCGCGAGACUAGGUAACCGCUGAAAGGGCGGCGAAGAGCGCGGGGGGCGGCCAGGCCGAGGUGUUGGUUCGAGGGUGUGUGUGUGCCAGGAGUGCGCGAAAGGGAGACAAAAUGUGGUGGUGGAGGUGCCGGUGGAGUGUCGCGACUACGACCACGGUGUUCGUGUUGGGGAUUGCAACGGUGUACUCGCAGCUCGAGAUAUCUGAUCUGGAUAAGCCAAUUCCAGUGAUUACUAUCAGCGGGGUUGUAGGAAACAAAGUGCACCUUCCUUGUGAUAUUCGUUCUGCCGACAACGACGAAGUGAGCAUGGUACUGUGGUACAAGGAGGGUGCUGGAGAACCCAUCUACAGCUUCGACGUCCGUGGUCGCCGACAGUUCAACAAUGCUCGCCUCUGGUCGUCGCCGACGGCACUGGGACCAAGAGCUUUUUUUAUCACAGCGUCGAAUCCUGCUCACCUCAGCAUCGAUCGGCUGGAAACUAAGGACGAAGGGAUCUAUCGGUGUCGAGUGGACUUUAAGAAUUCGCCGACGAGAAAGCAAAAGAUGAAUUUGACUGUUAUAGUUCCUCCGUCGAAGCCGAUGAUACUGGACGGGACGACGAGGGACAUCUCGAGGUUGGAGGAGCCGUACAACGAGGGGAGUGACGUGAACCUGAUUUGCGAGGUACGAGGUGGCAGGCCGCCCCCGAAGCUGACGUGGUACCUCGAGAACACCGUGAUAGACGAAUCCUAUCGCUACAACGCCGAGACCGGAGUCACGGUUAACCUCUUGUCCUAUCCCAAAGUUGGAAGGCAACAUCUGAAGGCUCGGUUGAUCUGCGAGGCGAGCAACACGAAUUUGGUGCCACCGCAGACCAGGCUGGUCAUCUUGGAUAUGAAUCUAAAGCCAUUGGUCGUGCAAAUUUUGACGAAGGAGCCUCGAGUUUCCGCUGACAAAAACUACGAAGUGGAGUGCAGGACAAGUGGUUCUAGACCAGAACCAGUAAUUACUUGGUGGAAAGGGGACAAGCAGAUUAAGAAAAUAGCGCAAAACUACGCGCUGGAAAAUAAUCAGACUCUUAGUAUCCUGAGUUUCGUGCCAAGCAUCGACGACGACGGCAAAUACUUAACUUGUCGGGCGGAGAAUCCUGUUAUUCCUGAAAGCGCUUUGGAGGAUAGGUGGAGGCUGGACGUGCAGUAUCAGCCUGUGGUAACUCUGAAGAUGGGCAAGACCUUGAAUCCAGAUGAUAUCAAAGAGGGUGACGAUGUCUACUUCGAGUGCUCGGUCAGGGCUAAUCCAAAAGUGUACAAGCUUGCCUGGUUUAAGGAUGGUAGAGAGCUUAAAAACAAUGCCACGGCAGGUAUCGUCCUCAGCGAUCAUUCUCUGGUUCUUCAGCGUAUAACUCGAUACUCGGCAGGUGAUUACACUUGUCUCGUUGCCAACAGCGAAGGGAAGACUGCCAGUAAUCCGGUGACUCUUCAAAUAAUGUAUACCCCGGUGUGCAAGGAGGGAAGGGGCGAGGUGGUUGUGGGUGCGCUGAAGCAAGAGACCGUAUCGCUGGUUUGUUCCGUGGAAAGUCAUCCAGCACCGUUGACUUUCCACUGGACAUUCAAUAAUUCUGGGGAGCUAGUUGAGGUCCCUCAUCCCCGUUACUCCCAUGUGGCGGCGGUCGGGACGCCGUCUGUCGCAGAGAGCCUGAAGGAGUACCAACAAUUCCAUGGGCCCAGGUUGAACUAUACACCCGCAACGGAAAUGGACUACGGUACGGUGGCAUGCUGGGCGAGCAACCAGGUUGGCAAGCAACGGACGCCAUGCCUCUUUCAGGUGAUAGCCGCAGGACGUCCGUACGCUCUGCAUAACUGCACAACGACGGAAAUGUCCGCGCCUUUGGACUCGGAGGAGUUGAGCGCGAGAUCCGGUGGGACAGGACUGAUAGUUCGCUGUUUGGAGGGUUACGAUGGCGGUCUUCCGAUCUACAGCUACCAGUUGGAGGUAGUCGCGGACGAGGAUGGCGGGCCAAUUUUGUUGAACAAAACUGUGCCGGCAAACCCGAACGGACCGACUUUCGACGUGACGGGCCUAACCACGGGAAGGAGUUAUCGACUUUUUCUAUACGCGAUUAAUGCAAAGGGGAGGAGCGAGCCUACCAUUCUCGAGCCAGUGACCCUGAAGGGUGUCGCCAUGUACACGACCGGGAACACGGACGCGUCAAUGCUGAGCCCGUUGCUGUUGGGCCUCGCGGCAACAGCGACCUUUUUGGCCCUGGCCGUAGCUGGAAUCCUGGCGGCGCUCUACCGGAAGCACUCGAACGGCCGCCCCGGAAGUCCAAAGCACGCUCCCAUCGUGUGCGACCCUCCUAAUACAGGUGCAACAACUCCGGUCCACCCCCAGACCAAGCAGGCGGUCGAUGACAUCGAUCCAGACAUCAUACCCAACGAGUAUGAGAGAAGACCUCUAACGUACACUCCAAUAUAUAAGACGCCUCCGCAACGAAGAAAGAAGGAUCGUGUCAUGGACGAGGCAAUCUCGCCAGAGAAAAGGCCGAUCGUGCAACACGGUCUUGAUCUACCACCUGACUCGUUGUUGAGCGACUGUCUGCCAACGCCGACUAUAAAUUAUCCCCAAAAUCACAUAUCCCAAUCGAAUACGUACAGCAAUCCACCCACCAUGGCUGACUUCAAGCAGAUGGCAAUGGAUGAUUACAAUCAACGAAACAAGCAAAACAUGUACUACAGCCUCCAGAGGUCAGGCAAAGGUUUGUCAUCGAUGCCGCAGAGGCCGGUCUCCUCCUCGGUCUCAGCGCAGGGGAAGUUCCAUCAGCCGGAAGUGGUGACGCGCUCGAAUCGGAUACAAGAAAGUUGUAUAUAAAUCUCGCGAUCAAAGUCUCGCCGUGUCGAGAGACUCGAGUGGCUCAGAGAGCGUUCUCUCAAAGAGAAGCUAGUUACAAAUUGCGCGGGAAUCCCAAAUCCACGAAAGGGGAGGAAUUCUCGAAUUCUCGCGUGAAAUCUCGUGCGUUGCGUCUUCCCACGACGGUCGACGUCUCUACGUUACGAAAAACGUUGUACAAAAAAAAAAAAAGGAAAAAAGGAAAAAAAAUAAGAAGAGAGGAAAGAAGAAGAAGUAAUGAAAUAAAAGAGAAAGCGAGAUGAGAAAUUUCCGGGUCGUCGUGACGGGAACGAGGAAUAGCAUACAGGCGAUUUUAGUCGUGUAGAUUGGACAAGUGGAAUAUCGGGAUACUCGACGAGUUAAUGAAACGUCGAUGAUUAGACAGGAACUCGAUGCUUGAUGGAGUGUAUCGGAUCGUGAUGGGUUCUCGUUCGAUUGUCCGUUCUUUUUCUACCUGCAGAUUUUUAUAACGGAGUUCGGCCACGUUCGCGAGUAAAACGAAGAGACCGGGUUUCGAAGAGGAUGGAAACCGAGUGCCCGAUAAGAGAGAGGUCCAAUUUGACGGCGGAUCGUCGUCGAAUCGCCCGACACGUGGUAACGUGGAGGAAUAUCGAAUGUCCCAUCCUCGUUCUCGGCUCAUGUACCGAGAACCCAGGAUCAUCCGUACAUUUUACUGUUUAUAUGAGAUUAGUUUUUGUACAAAGAUUCUAUUGUAAAUAGGCGAGAUAGCCUGGCCCUAGUUGGAUAGUCACAACCGAUGUCCGAAUUUCAUUCGCUAAAAAAGUCACGUGUUGUUAAGUCAGGGGAGAGAGGAUUGUUCGGUCACGUAAGAUAAAUACUCGAUGGCAUACGAAAUAAAGAGAAUACGUUUCAUCUGUUUUACAGAAACGAGUGCCUCGCCCACUUGUCGUCCUGUCCGAACCUUUUCCCGAUCUUCUCUAUUUAAGAGAGGAGAGAACGUACGGAAUGAACAGCCGAAAUUUCGGCCGCACGUGAGCCGAAUCUCGUUACACGGUCCAGUGUCCAUCACGUUCCCUAUGCCGAACGUGAAGGAAAUCUUGGGGUGCAUCCACGACGAUGAAAAUACCAUGAAAAUUUUACUCCAAGUGGGAUCACACGAUGGAGUGUUUGGCUUAAGAAGUUGGCCGAAAUUCAAAUUUUCAAACUCUUAAGGACCUAGGAAGUAUGCUUAAGAUGAAAUCGAUUAUGCAUUUGGAAAUAAUCCAAAGAUACACUAUUGUAUUACUUGUUAACAGUGUUUUAAUCUAUUUGAUCCUGUUAAAAUUAUUUUAAAAUUGCUGGUAAAAUUUUAUAAUUAUUUUUUUCCUUUUUUCAGACGUACAUAUCUGAUCUUUAAAUUGAGAAUCUUAAUAUGAAAAUUUUUUUUUGGCCAGCUUUUUAAGCUGAAUAUUCCAUAGUACUGUUCGAGUACGGUCUCAAUUUUAACGAUGAUUAAAAUAUGAUUAAUUUUUUGUUCAGUAUAAUCUAUAAUAAUGUUUAAUUGAUUUUAUAUUCUAGUUUGGAAUUAUUUUAAUCUUAAUAGAGAUAUAUUUUGUUUAUUGAAUCGUGUAAACAUUAUUUUGCCUAAUUUUUGCCUUAAACGAAGCUGGAUGUAUCGUUUGAAUUCAUUUUUUGUUGGCAUUAUGUUGUCACUUGGAUAUUCGAUCGAUAUGUUUUUAUGUAUUAUAGCGCUUCAAUAUAAAUUUUAUUUGUCAUU